AUGUCUUAUCGUGGAAAUAACCGUCAUUUAGCUGCUAUAGCUAUCGUUGGCCAAUCUUUUACUGGUGUUAACACAGCUUACUGGAACACAAACCAAUGUAACGAAGUAAACAACACUUUGUUGUCCUCUCAACCCGCCCCCGAAUACUGGUGUUCCGUAGCCUCCUUCGAGCUAGAUAUUCAAGUCGGUGAAACAUUUAAAGUACUUUCAAAUUGCCCAAAUGUGACAAUUGACGGCUACGUGGAUCCCUCCGGUGGCAACAGAUUUUGCCUCGGUGCAUUGAGUAAUGUGCACCGCACUGAACAAAGUGAGAAAGCAAGACUACAUAUUGGCAAAGGGGUACAAUUGGACUUAAGGGGUGAAGAAGAUGUUUGGUUGCGUUGUUUAAGUGACCAUUCGGUUUUCGUUCAGGGUUAUUAUUUAGGCAUUAAGGCUGAACGAAAGCCUGGUGAUGCGAUUCACAAAUUCUAUCCUGGAACAAACAUUAAGGUUUUUGAUCUGAGACAAUGCCACAAGGAAAUAAUCACUGAAGCGGCCACAGCGCAAGCAGCAGCAGUGCACAAGCGGCGGCAGUGGCAGAGCACAUUUCAGGCCCUCAUUCAAUAG